AUGAGCUGUCCACAUAUUCUUGCAGUACCUUAUCCAGCCCAAGGCCAUGUAAUUCCUCUACUAGAGCUUUCACAGUGCUUGGUUAAGCAUGGCUGCCGAGUCACAUUUGUCAACACAGAGCACACUCACAACCGGGUCAUGAAUGAUUUACACGAAAAGAACUCCAUAGGGGGUGAAAAUCAAAUCCACCUGGCGUCCAUCCCAGAUGGGCUGGAGCCCUGGGAGGAUAGAAAUAAUUUAAGCAAGGUAAUGGAAGUAACUCGUAAGGUGAUGUCUGAGAAGCUGGAGGAGCUUAUAGAAAAGAUCAACAGAGAAAAAGAUGGAAAGAUCAUUUGUGUCAUUGUUGAUGGAACUGCUGGGUUUACUAUUCCAGUAGUAGAGAAGAUGAAAAUUAGAAAGGUUGUCUUUUGGCCUUGUGCAGUUGCUAGUCUGGCCUUGUUUUACAAUAUUCCGAAGCUGAUUGAUGAUGGAAUUAUUGACAAGGAUGGAACUCCGGUCAAGAAACAGAUUAUUCAGUUGGCGCAAAACAUACCCAAAAUCGACAGCACAAAGCUUAUUUGGACCAGCUUGGGCAGCGAGGACUUAACCUCCCAUAAGAGAAUGUUUGAGUUACUAUAUAAUAACAUAGAAGCUAGCAAAGCGGCAGAUUACCUAAUCUGCAACUCUGUAUAUGACCUUGAACCUGAGGCUUUUACCUUGGUUCCUAAUAUUCUUCCCAUAGGACCUCUUUUGCCAAGCAUCCGGCGACAUUCAUCAGGAUCCUUCUGGGCAGAAGACUCAACUUGUUUGAAAUGGCUUGAUCAACAGCAACCUCACUCAGUCAUUUAUGUUGCAUUUGGCAGCUUCACAGUUCUAGACAAGACCCAAUUCCAGGAGCUGGCGCUGGGACUUGAACUCACCAACAGGCCAUUCUUAUGGGUUGUGAGGCCAGAUAUUACUGAUGAGGCAAAUGAAGCGUACCCAGACGGCUUUCAAGAAAGGGUAGCUGGUCGUGGCCAACUUGUGGGUUGGGCACCUCAGCAGAAGGUUUUGAGUCAUCCUUCCAUUGCCUGCUUCUUUAGCCAUUGCGGUUGGAAUUCCACCUUGGAAGGUGUAAGUAAUGGGCUUCCUUUCUUGUGCUGGCCAUAUUUCGCUGAUCAGUUCAUUGAUGAGAGCUACAUUUGUGAUCUUUGGAAGGUGGGAUUGAAGUUUAACAAAGAUGAAAGUGGGAUCAUCACAAAAGAAGAAAUUAAAAGCAAGGUGGAAAAAGUGCUUGGUGAUGAAAGUGUUAAAGCAAGAGCUCUGGAACUCCAGGAAGCUGCUCUGAAAAGUGUCAAAGAAGGUGGCUACUCUGAAAGGAAUUUUAAGAAGUUAAUUGAAUGGAUCAAGGCUUAGGUACUGGUACUAGACACUACUUCGGUAUUAAGGGAUCAUUGUUUCUGAACAAAAUGUUGUUCCUCAUAUUCAUUGUUAAUCUUCAAUUAAUUCCUGUUACAUUUCAU